GCGGCAGCUUCCGUGACCUCCAUUCCACCCGAUUCUACCCUCAGCCUUAUGCCUGCUCCAAGAGUCCUGUGACAGCUUCCUGCCACCAGUGCCCUGUUGUUCAGGCAAAUCGACUUCAUUCUCACGGGAUGGCAGCUCUUGGUCUGUCUUCCACAUGUGCUGUGUCCACCCAGGACCCUGCCUGUAUCCAGGAGUCAGAAGUUUCUCCUUCAAAAGACCAUUCCUGUUCUCAGGAUGUGGACCUGUUUGCUUGCAGUGGCCUAGAACCCCCUAUGCUGGCAGGUGUUGGUUCUCAGGAGUCAGUGACUUUCCAGGAUGUUGCUGUGGACUUCACUGAGAAGGAGUGGCCCUUGCUGGAUUCUUCUCAGAGAAAACUGUACAAAGAUGUGAUGUUGGAGAACUACAGCAACCUCGCCUCAGUGGGGUAUCAGGUGGGCAAACCCAGCCUCAUCUCCCACUUGGAGCAAGAAGAGGAGCUGAGGACAGAGGAGAGGGCACUUCACCGAGCCACAUCUCCCGAUUGGGAGACUCCGUCUAAAAGCAAAUGGUCCAUUCUCAUGGAAGGCAUUUUUGGGAAGGAAACAUCCAGCGGUGUGACCGUGGAAAGAACACGUCUCGGAGAGAAAUCCACCGAGUACACUCACCUGUUUGAAGUCUUCAGCAUGGGCACUCAUCUUACUCAGCAGAUGGGAAGGCACGCUGGCAAGAGGCCCUAUCACCGCCGGGACUGUGGGGCAGCUUUCAAGAACAGGUCACAUCUCGCCCAACAUGUGAGCAUUUACAAUGGGAGGAAAAUGCAUGAAUGUCACCAGUGCCAAAAAGCCUUCACCACGAGCGCAUCCCUUACGCGGCACAGGAGAAUACACACAGGAGAGAAGCCCUACGAAUGCAGUGCCUGCGGGAAAGCCUUCAACGAUCCCUCUGCCCUCAGGAGUCACGCGAGAACUCACCUCACAGAGAAGCCCUUUGACUGCAGUCAGUGUGGAAACGCCUUCCGAACCCUCUCCUCGCUGAAGAUACACAUGAGAGUUCACACUGGGGAGAGACCUUACAAGUGUGACGAGUGUGGGAAGGCGUACGGCAGGAGCUGCCACCUCAUUGCACACAAACGGACACACACUGGAGAGAGACCCUACGCAUGCCACGACUGUGGGAAAGCAUUCCAGCAUCCCUCGCAUCUCAAAGAGCAUGUCCGCAAUCACACUGGAGAGAAACCCUAUGAAUGCACGCAGUGUGGAAAAGCCUUCCGAUGGAAGUCGAACUUCAACUUGCACAAGAAGAACCACAUGGUAGAGAAAACAUACGAAUGUAAAGAAUGUGGGAAAUCCUUUGGUGAUCUCUUAUCACGGAGAAAACACAUGAGAAUUCAUAUUGUAAAGAAACCCAUUGAAUGUAGACAGUGUGGGAAAGCGUUCCGGAACCAAUCCAUCCUUAAGACACACAUGAAUUCUCACACCGGCGAGAAACCCUAUGGGUGUGAUCUGUGUGGGAAAGCCUUCAGUGCGAGCUCAAACCUGACCACACACAGGAAAAUCCACACUCAAGAGAGACGCUAUGAAUGUGCCGCCUGUGGGAAAGUGUUUGGGGACUAUUUAUCCCGGAGGAGGCACAUGAGCAUUCAUCUGGUAAAGAAACGUGUUGAAUGUAGGCAGUGUGGGAAAGCCUUCAGGAACCAGUCGACCCUCAAGACACACAUGAGAAGUCACACAGGAGAGAAGCCGUACGAGUGCGAUCAUUGCGGGAAAGCCUUCAGCAUUGGCUCCAACCUUAAUGUGCACAGGAGGAUACACACUGGGGAGAAGCCCUACGAAUGCCUGGCCUGUGGGAAAGCCUUCAGUGACCACUCAUCCCUUCGGAGUCACGUGAAAACUCACCGGGGAGAGAAGCUCUUCGUGUCAUCCGUGUGGAAGAGGCUCCAGUGAUGGGUCUUCUUUAGGGGACACACGCGAGCUCAGACUGGGAGGCGGCCUCGUUGGCGUAAGGAAGGCAGGAGCACUUUGAUGAACUCACCUGGGCACAAAAGAGUACCUGUAACAGGAGAAAUCCAGUUUGUGUCCUGGCUGGGGAAGACCUGUUUCUUCUCAUCACUAUGGGGUUUUGUGAGAACUCAUGCUGGGGGCAAAAAUGUACCUGUGGUGUGCAGAAGCCAUCAGAGUACAUUCGGCUCUUUAAAGAAAAUGAGAAAUCUAGGGAGAGAAACCGUAGCUUGGUAUUUAAUAUCAAAAUGACUUUAGCACCACCCGGCACCUUCUGGGCUUACGAGUAAGCACACUAGGGAGAGUCUCUGUAAAUUCACUCUCUGGGCAAACCUUUACUGGUCUCACCCUGUAUUCUUCAUGAAAGAAAUCAUACUAAAGAGAUAAAUUCUGUAAAGUAGGAAUGUGGGAAGGUCUGUAACAGAGGUCAGCAAAGUGGCCAACUGUCUGUUUUUGUAUGGCUUGCAAUCUAAGAACAGUUGUUCCGUUUUUAAAGAAGAAAAAUGUGUGACACACACCACAUGCAACUCACAAAGCCUAAAAUCCUUACUUUCUGGUCCUUUACAGAAAAACUUGGCCAACCCUUGGUCUACAGCAGCAGUUCCUAACUGGGAGUGAUUUUGCUUGUCCGGAGACAUUUUAAGUUGUUAAAGCUCAGGGGUGGGGGAGAUGCUUCUGGCACAUGACGACGCACAGGAGCCCCCGCAGCAAAGAAUUAUGUGGCCCAAAAUGUCGGUAUUGCUGAGGUUGAGAAACUUAGCCUGGGACAGCCCUUCAGUUUUUGUGAAAUGUUACUCAUGCUAGGAGAGUUUUCUAUUUAAAACUUCAAAAAUAUAAUCAGUGUAAUUCUUUCAGGAAACGUGAGAACCCACACUGCAGACAGUCCCCACAUUGAGAUGAUUUUAGCCACAGCCCCCUCACUUGUGCUUAUGAGAAUUCAUACCCUGAUGGAAUUUUCUAGUGGAUAGGAAAUUUAUCAGUCUUUAAUCAUGAGAACAGACCCUAACUCGUUAAUUCGUAGUCUCUGUUUUUAAGAUUUUGCUCCUUUAAUGCUUAGGCUUCAUCACACAAGGUUUGUAUAUAGUAUUUUUAUUAUAAUUUCAUUCCUGAUACGUGUUAAUUUCCUUCUGGAUAACUUACUUGACCAGUGGACUGUUUAGAAUUGUGUUAAAUACCAUGUAACUUGGGUAUAUUUAAUACCUGUUUGUUACGAGUGUCUAAUUCAAAUGCAUUGGCUCAGCGCACAGUGUCUUCCAUUUAGAUGGAUCCUCUGGAAUGUUCUCGGUCUCCUGUCCAGCCAAGAGUGACAUACACGUCUCAUUGCUCUCCCAGUGUCUCCUCUUUCAUGUCAGGAAAAUCCAGCUUUUGUCCAAUUACUAACGUGUGCUAUUUUUAAAAGUCUCUCACCAGUUUUCUGCAGCCAGUACAGUCCUUGUCUCAGCCUGGUCGUUGACCGAUAAACAGAUGAGAAAGAGCUAGAAAAGGGAUUAUUCUUACCUGGAUUCUUCUACAUGUUUUGUUUUUGCUCUUUGCUCUACUUCUCACCUUGCAAGGAGAUCAAGUACCCAGUGUUAAAAGAUCCAUCAUGUGACCAUGAGGAUGCAAGCCACAGGCUAAAGAGGAUCCUGCAGAAAAGUCGCAAUGAUCCUGGCCUCCCCAGUAGCUUCUUUGUCUACACUAGCCAUGGAUUUGUUAUUUCCAGACUUCCUAUUACAGGAGGAAAAAAAUAAAACAUUAUUG